AUGCACACGCCGCUUGAUCGUCCCCAUCCUGAUUGUCAGUCUGAGAUCAAAGCGUUGCUUCAAUGCCACGACCAUAAUCCGUACGCCAAGUUUUUCGGUGCCUGCAGUGACGUAAAGACAGCGCUCGACUGGUGUUUUAAACAUGAAAAAGAGCGUAUUCGUGCAGAAAAUCUCAAACGUGCCAAGGCUUCAGAUGCUUUUGUAAAGCAGAAAAUGCAGGAACGUCGUGACCGCAUGGCAAAAGACGAGAAUAACUAA